UAAUGCUGAACAGCUGAUUAUUGUUAUGGUUUCCCUUUGUGGUCUGGUCCCUACCUCAAAAAUUUCUCCAAGCAUUUCGUGGAAAAUUAGCGUCUCGAUAAAAUGAUUGUAUUAAAGUCUAAAACUUUUUCGGUGGGAGCCAGAUGCGGAGUCUGGUGCAAAAUGAGAUACUAUUCUUCUCUCAGUCGUAAUUCUAAUGUUACGUCGGACUGUCCUAGUCAUGGAAAUCUUUUCUGUGCUGUACUAAAUGGGACGCUUAACUCUAGUCGUUUAGAUAACUUUGCACGAAGCUUCUCAAAGUAUAUGCGUCCAUAUAUUUGCCCUCACUGGACCAUGGCAAUGAUAAGUCCAAAUUCACGGGGCUCAGGCGAGAGACCAAGUGGUCAGACGGCUUUGCUUUAUGGCUCUACUAGACCUCAUCUUCAAGUGUUAAAUAGUUACCUAAGUUCACAAGCCAAAGAUGUUAGUAAUAUUAACCAUAAUCUAACAGACGAUGCGAAUCCAAGGGACCAUACCCGUAUUGAUAUGUUUAAUUCGUCAGAUGCCGAUUUCAGUGUAGAGAAAUCCAAAGAAAAAAUAAAAUAUUUACAUUUCCAUUCGUCGUGCUCUCUCGAAACAGUUGAGGAAGUUACAUCAAGCUUUCAAGUUGUCAGUGACUUUAUAAGCAUCGAGGAGGAAGAAAUUCUGAUGAAAGAAGUUGAACCACACUUCAAACGACUACAAUACGAGUUUGAUCAUUGGGAUGAUGCUAUUCAUGGUUUUCGAGAAAUUGAACGAGGAAGAUGGGGUAAAAGUGCUUCGCCUAUUAUAUCAAGGAUGAAGAAAUAUGCCUUCCCAGAGGAGCAAGACCUGAUAGCCCAGGUCCACAUCUUAGAUUUGGCCAAAACUGGAGUCAUUAAACCUCAUGUAGAUAGUGUCAGGUUUUGUGGUAACAUCAUCUCUGGUGUGUGUUUACUUAGUGAUGCUGUGAUGCGACUUGUUCAUGUUAACAACAAAGACCAAGUUAUUGAUGUCAUGCUACCAAGGAGAGCGCUCUAUAUAAUGAGAGACGGCUCUCGGUACAACUACACACAUGAAAUACUAGAAGAAAACAAAUCCUUCUUUGGUUCCAUUGCAGUUCUGAGAGAUAGAAGGGUAUCAGUCAUAUGCAGAAAUAACCCAAAAGAAGGUAACAAGUAAGAAAUAAUUUGAAUAAUAUGAAAAUCCAACCAUAUAUUUUUACUACAGUCAUUACCACCUGUUGAAUGAGUGGUCAACUACUGAAGGGGUAUUUAACGAAGCAAAGCACUAGUUAGCCUACAGAUGAUAAAUGCCGUGAGAUUGGUGGCCCUUUUUCUUUUACAUAUUACUCUGGGUUGAGGUGGUGAACAAACAUUAUUUUACAGAACCCUUUGGCCUGUUUUCUGUUGUACAAGGUAUUCAGUUUUAGACAUGCCAUCGCUGUCUUUCUUUGCAUGAAUUCAAAAUUUUUUUUUAUAAAUCACCUUUGAAAGAAUAGUUAUUUAUAAUCAUAAAGCUUAAAAAUUACAAUACAUGAACAUUUGGUGGUAAAGUUAUUUUUAGUUUUCACAUGAAAGUUUUCUUUAUUGUAGUGAGCAGGAUUUUAGUUGACUAGCUUCUUAACUCUUUUCAUUCUAUUACUUGAGUUUCUUGAUGCCAUCUGUCUUCAUCUCAUUUUCAUAAAGGCAUGGUAGCACACUUAUGGUAUGUUUGUUGUCUUCUGAUGUUUAGGUUGUCUUAUUUCAAAAGCUUUUAAACAGAGCAGACACAAAGAUUAUGUCAGUGGAUCUGGAGACAACUACAAAUCCAAAAACAGCAGUUUUUUUAUUUCCAAUCGGAUGGACAUGGGUGCUGAAGAGCUCAGUAGUGAAUCAUACUAUGGUUUCUCCUGAAGUUUUCAUAUAUUUUCUUGGACAUCUCCCAUCUCUGUAUUUAUCCAAGCUUUUCUUCUAUAAAUAGAAAUGGAAAAGAAGCCUGGAUUGAAAUCAGGAGAUGGGAGCCAGUCCUAAGGAAAUAUAAAAAGAUGAAACUUGGUGUAGUUUAUUGGCUUUUUGAAAAAGGUCCUAUACGUACUAACUUAGAUAGUACAUCAAAUGUUAUGCGAUUUUUUUUAUAAUUUUAGGUUACAGAGUUUGAAAACUUUAAUUGAAGGCCAAACUGCUUAACCACUAUAUGUAGUGCUCAAGAGUUCACACUAAAAACAGUUUUAAGUUUAGAAGGGCUUCAUAUUAAUAUGAAAGGUCAUAUCUGUCAGUUAACUUUUACCACUUCAUAAUCAUUAGUACAACACAGUGAGACUAAUGGUAAGGCAUCAAUAAAAAGUAGUAAUAGGCUGCUUAUUUUUUAUACUAUUUUAAAAGAAAAAAUAAAAGUUGUAUUUAUUAUUUAUAUAAUAAAUAUUCAUUUACACAAUAGCUAUGAUAGAAUGGAAGGUUACUAAUUUCUUUCUUUUAUAUUAUAGAUUUUCAUCUACAUAAUAAAUAUGACAGAAUGAAAGUUACUCUUUUCUUUCUUACUGCUGUACUCGUGUCUCUCUUACUAUUGUAACUCCCACUGUAAAUAAUUUCAUAAAAUAUGACAAAAGGUUAAUUAA